GAGAGAGAGAGAAUGGAAACGGAUUCGCUCUCAGGUGUUUGUAACGCUGACGCGCAUUCACACCUUUCAGCGUCACUGUUCAUCCAUAUACCUGAUAGAAAACUGAAACCAGCGGAAUUCAAGCUGACAGAACAUUGGAAUAAACCAGAGAAACUGCUUUUCAUUCCAUCCUCUCUGUAAUUGAAAAUGAGCAGCCGACGGCGGCGAUGCAAGCGUCAGUUGAUCAAAUUUACUCAGCAUAUUGCUCGAUUAAUCACAGGAACUCUGAACUCAGAUAAUGAGGACGAAGAACAAGAAAGCACAACGGUGCGGUAUCACCCGGAAAAUCUGGAGCAACUGCAGUCUCAGACCCAUUUCUCCAGACAAGAGCUGCAGUUACUCUAUAGAGGAUUCAAGAAUGAUUGUCCAAGCGGAGUUGUGAAUGAGGACACAUUUAAAAACAUCUAUGCUCUGUUCUUCCCACUAGGAGAUUCAUCAAAGUAUGCUCAGUUUCUUUUCAAUGCAUUUGAUAAAGAUAAGAAUGGCUCUCUUAGUUUUGAGGAGUUAGUCUGUGAUCUCUCAGUUUUGUUGAGAGGCACUACUGAAGAGAAGCUGAACUGGGCCUUCAAUCUAUAUGAUAUCAACAAAGAUGGACAAAUUACUAAAGAGGAAAUGUUGGAUAUAUUGAAGUCUAUUUAUGAUUUGAUGGGGAAAUCUAUCCAUCCACGACUUAAAGAGGAGGCAGUAAGGCAACACGUCAGAAUGUUCUUUCAAAAAAUGGACAUAAACCAGGAUGGCGUAGUAACUGCUGAUGAAUUUAUUGACUGCUGCCAAAAAGAUGAAAAUAUAAUGCAGUCUCUUAAGAUUUUUGACAAUGCUGUCUAGAAGUUAGUCAGGAAAUCCACCCUAAACACUUGGACGUUUCUAGAUAAUUAACACUUAUUGGAUAAUGCCGCUGUUCUGGACUGCGCUCGACAACUGCUCUGGAUUCUCUUUAGUGAACUGACUGCUGAAUGUAUACGUAUCUUGGUAGAAUUUUGGGCUGUGGUGUGAUGCAAAUUGAUGUGCAAUGUUGGUGGUAAAACAGCACCUACUUGUAAAACACAACAUCAGUGUUAUUGUAUAAUGUAAUGUGCUUCUGUGUUACUGAUGUGGCUAAUUUUUGGCACUGACUAGCUGUUUCAUACUUGCUGUAUUACAAAUUUAAUGUUUCACAAUUGAACCCUAAACAGUCUUGGUAUACUUGGGUAGAAAUUCAAAGCACCUUUGACCCCAACCUUUUUAAUAUUUAAUCAAAUAGUGAAAUAAUUUAUGGUAGACUAGGAUUACUUCUCAAGGUCAAGCUAAAACCCUGUUUCUCAAGUGGGCACCUGCUUUUCCUUGCAUCAAAUGUGCACAUUGUUUAGGAAGCACACCAGAUUUUUCAGCCAAAACUUGUGAUGUCUUUAACUUUUUUUUUGUUUAUUCAUUUUCAUUUUGAUGACUUGUAUAUGAUGCAGAAGUGGUCUUUUUUAAUUGCUGUUCAUUAUGUUUUUAUAAACCAUUCAAUAACCAGCAGUGGGUCUAUAAUACUCAACAGUGUUGGGGUAGAUACUUUUUUUUUUUUUAACCAACCCCAGUGAACGUUUUGUUGUUGUUUUGGAUAAAAAAAUGUAAACGUGAAAACAACUAUUCCAUAUGUAUACAAAAGAGAGGGAGGUCUAUCAAGAUUUCUAAAGCAGCCAGAAGGUAGAACCUAGUUUGCAUUUUACCUUAUAGGUCAUUUUAAAUGACCUAAAUAUUUUGCUUAUAUAUCAGAAAAAAUUCCAUCAUAAAAAAUUGGUAGAAUGUGUACAGUGAGGAACUAGAAAUGGGAACUAAAAACAAAAAUACACUGAAAACAUAGUUUAACAAUGCAACAAGUUGGGUGAAGAUGCGUGAGAACCCCCAAAUGUUGUUUUGGUGCUAUUUUCUGACUUCUAAGUGCAGCAAUCCUUUGAUUCGUUAAAUCCUGAGAGUCUUUCUUUAUUUUUAAUAGCAUUCAGCUAUAGCAGUUAUCUGAAAAUCAGAUGCCAUACAUUCAAUUUCGGUAGUUAGUGAAACUGUAUUACUGUAGAUUAGCAUGUAUAUUAUGGACAAAGUUACUUGUACUUAUAAUAGCCUAGCAUAUCACUGACA